CAUUUGAUUAUUUUAGUGUAUUUUUAUUGAGAAAUAAUAAUUUGAAAUGGGUUUUGAUUACUACGGUAUAUUGGGCGUUAAGCGUUCUUGCAAGCAACACGAAAUAAAAGCCGCGUAUCGACGUUUAGCACUCAAAUACAACCCGGAAAGAUAUUGCGAUGACGAGAAUAUGAAGAAAAUAUUCGCACUAAUAGCCGAAGCUUAUGAUGUCCUAGUAAACCAUAAAAGAAGAGCCAUUUACGAUCAAUACGGCGAAGAAGGUUUGAAGAAAGGAGUCCCCGGUCCAACCGAUUUCAUCCAACCUUAUUCAUACCACGGCGACCCUUUAAGGACCUUCCAUGAAUUUUUCGGUACAUCCAACCCGUACGCAGAUCUUUUAGAUUACUACGAGAAACCACUACCAAUAUUUGAAUCGCCUCUUGGUAGGGGUUACAAGGAAAAGGAUCCGACAAUAAUCCGACCUCUUUCUUUAUCGCUUGAAGAGAUUUAUAAAGGUGGUUUAAAAAAGAUGAAAAUUCAACGCUUAGUGUUUACAAAUGAAACAUGUUCUGAACUUAAAUUAAAAGAAAAAGUCCUCUCCAUACCUAUUAAACCAGGUAUGUAUCCUCACACUGAGAUUAAAUUCAAAGAAGAAGGUGAUCAAGGUCCUACGAGAAUCCCAGCUGAUGUAAUAUUCCUAACAGAAGACCGUCCACAUGAAACAUACAUUCGUUCUGGAUUAAGCGAUUUAUUAACUGUUCGUACUAUAUCAUUAAAGGAAGCUUUAUGUGGUAUUACAUUCACAUUAAUGACAUUAGAUUCAAGAGUUUUGCGCGUCAAAAUAACGGACGUUAUAACACCGACAUUUGAAAAAGUAAUAGAAGAUGAAGGUCUACCGUUACCAGCUUGCCCGACUAGAGCUAGAGGUAAUUUGAUAAUACGUUUUCAAAUUACGUUCCCAGAUUAUUUAUCGAAGAGAAGUAAAAAGGCAUUUGAAGAAGCUUUUAAAAUAAAAGAUGAAGACGAUGAGAAAUUUGAGAAAAUGGAAUGUGGUGCCUUUAAUGCUAGUAUGGCAUAAAUUUAAAAUUUAUUUGA